GGGCAUCGAGUACAAGUGCAUUGCCAACAACAAUGUUUCAGUUUAUUUUUCGCGUUACUAUGUUAAAAUUUUUAUAAAAAUAAGCUUAGAGCUUAGCUUAGAGUUCUGUAGUAACAAGAAUCGUUGUUAAUCCACCGGAAGCACAAAAGUAAACAAAAAAUCGGAUAUCCGAAAAGUGAAUCAGAAUUUUUCCAUCUCACACACACAGCCGCACGCCCAGUGGAACAUACAUGCAAACGUACGGAACCAGUCGUCUUGUUGUAGUAAAUAAGUGCAAGUGAAGAAGAAGCUGAAGCUGUGAUCGGAAAAUUAAGCGAAAAUCGUGGAAAAGCGGGGCGGCGAAAACGUGGAAAAGUGGAUAGGCUGCACUUCUAGGCAACACGCUUCGCUGGCUGCGCGACAGCAGAACGCCAGUCAAGCGCCAAAAAGCAAAACCCAUUAGCGUAGAACCCCAUUUACAGCUGGAGCGGCACAAGAAAGCAAUUUUCUGGUAGCAGAAACACCAAGAAACGGAAAUAAUUGGUCGAUUUUUAGAAAGACAACGACAAUUAGCCGGAAUGGAGCUGAAAGUUUGGGUUGAGGGCAUCCAGCGGAUUGUUUGCGGCGUUACAGUGAACACCACAUGUCAGGAUGUCGUCUUUGCUUUGGCCCAUGCCACCGGGAAAGUGGGAAGAUUCACUUUAAUCGAAAGGUGGCGUAACAAUGAACGCCAUUUGGCCCCCAAUGAGAAUCCCAUGAAGCUGCUGCUUAAAUGGGGCGAGUAUGCAAAUGAUGUGCAGUUUAUAUUACAACGUUCUGAGAAUAAAACGCAGCAGCAGCAGCAGCAACAGCAACAACAGCAACAACCACAACAACAACAACAACAACAACAACAGCAAAACAACAAUAAUAACAACAAUAACUAUGCUGUGAUGACAACGAAAAAGCCGCUGGGACCAAACAAUAAUAAUAAUAAGCCAGCGCCCACUUUGCAAAAGCAAAAGUCGAACGUCGAACUCAGCUACCGUACAAAGGAAUUGAAAAAGAGUUUUGGGGGCUAUGAUGCCAAACAGUUUGACAACAUUGGAAUUGUGAAAGGAAUUCCUCAGCAGCAGCAAUUGCAGCCACAACCACCGACUGCCGUGGCUCCUGGAAGCCCAUCAGUUGUUCAACAGGAACAGUUGCCACCGCAGGAUAAUAACAAUGUAGCACUUGUGCCAAAGCAUGAGAAAUCGCUGUCCAAUCCUCUAGACAUGACCAGCACGGGUAGCAAUGCACCAGCAAGUGCUACAAAUGGAUACAAUGACUUCUACAACAAUAAUAGCAGCAGUAAUCAGCAUAUAUACAGCCAGCUGAGCAAAUCCAGUAAUGAACUACGACGCUCCAGUCCCAACGAGAUGUACUACAACAACAAUAAUAAUAAUGUUAAUAACAAUAAUAACUCACCAGAGCUGUACAAGCAGACACCAACGAUUUCCGCGAAUGGAGCUCUAGUCCCACCUCCAUAUCGUGAUCCGCCGCCCCCGAGAAAUAGUCCAAUGUGCCAGGGUCAACGUUUGGCUAGCAGCAAUGCGGACACCAUGUCGAAUGCCUCCUCCUCAACGAAUCCAUUCCUCAGUGACUACGAUCAGCACAGCAACCACAACAAUAACCACAUUAAUAACAAUAGCCAGGCCAUGGAGGAGGGCGAGACCAUGUUCCAGGCCACGCAGUACAACGAUUUGUUGCAGCUCAUCAAGUUUCAGCGGGAGAAGAUCACAGCACAGCAAAUGGAAUUGCAAAAGUUCGAUACGGAAAUAGUAUAUUUAGAAAGCAAAGAACGCGAUCAUGCCCACGAGCUGGAGGCCAUAUCGCGUGAGAUAUCCAAGGCGGAUCAAAUCUUUCGACAAGGCAGUGAACAGCUUCAGACCCUGCAAUAUGUGGAGGAGGAAAACGAACUGGUCAAGCAACAGGAGAAGACUCUGAAGUCAGAAAUUGCCCUACUCCGAUCUAAGUUGGCUAAUUGCGAGACUGAGCUGCUACAAUGUAAGAAUAAAAUGCGAUUGCUGAUGGAUGAUAUAGAGCUAGAGCAGCAACAGCAGCAGCAGACCAAUAGGCAAACUGUCGAGCGUGACUUCUUAAUGGAAAUGGAGAGAAUACAAAGCGAAAUAGACCAGGCCUUGCAUAAUACUGACACCUCGAACAAAACGGCUGAUAGUUUGAAGAAAGAGCUUCUGAUGAUAGAGCAUGCCAUAGCCGAGAAGAAGCGGCAGGUAGAACAGCUGGUCAACGAGAUGAAAGAGGUUAAUUUGCAAAGUCUGACGGUGACCACCACGGAGGAGAUCAAGCAUCUGCUGGAGGGACCCAACAAGCAGGGCAGCAGUCGGCGGAUCAUCGGUUCACCUAGGCAACUGGAAACGGCAGUUCCAACAAGUAAAAAUCCUCAUGGCGUAUGGGUUUAGGUUGAUCCUUAGGCAGUACCACUAUUUUUCUAAACAUUUUCAUUAUCCAAUACAUGUUUUUGGGAACAAAAUUUGAUGAACAUAUCUUGAAUGCAUAUUGGAAACGAAACAAGGAAGAAUUCCAUAUAUGAAUAUCACAAUUUUACAUAAUAUUCUAUACAAAUUUACAAUGAUUAACGUGCUUGAUUACUGUUUCAGUAUGAUUACAUUCCAAUCACACUCUAUGGAUCUCUCAAUGCAAUGAUAAAUGUUACAAAUUUGUAAACACAAACCACAUGUCUACAUAUUCUGCACUGUACUUUGUAUUUUAAUGUAGUUAAUGAUCCAUAAUCACAUGUCCCUAAUUUUAAUUUUGUGUGCUAUAUACUUUUGUUUAAUUUUUGUUGCUAGUCUACACGUUAACAAAAACCCUUUAAAAUCUCUACAAUUCGCCAUUAGUUGUUAGCUUAACAAUGAACUUUAUGAUUGUUGCAAUAAUUCGAAGUAUCGAAACUUGAAACGCCUUUUUAACAUUUAAGUAGUGCACUUAGUGAUUUGUCUCCCACAGAAUAAUUCUUUAUAGAAUUCACAAUUCGAAUUACACAAAACUUAUUGUACUUAGCAAUUAGCGCAGCUUUAAAAAACAAAUUACAAAUUAGCAAUGCUUUGUUGAAAAGUUUAACUUUUAAAGUGCUUAGCCUUAGCCACCGGAUAUCGAAACAUAAGACCGAAGCAUUAACAAUUGCGAAAGUGUCACGUAUUAGUUAUAGUUUAUGGCAUAAAACUAAAAAACAACCAAUAAGUCGCUUUUGUGUAUUAUGUUUUUAAUUAGCAAUAUUUAAUAUUUACACAAACUGAUAGUGAACCACAAAAGACACCAACCGAAAUGCAAUUUAUUGAUUAAUAUACAUUACUAUUAAAAUUAAACUAAAAACGGUUUUAGAACAAAUUCUAAUUGCAUUAUAUAUCUAAUUAGCUAAUAAAUACAUUUUUAUGAUUUUUCUUUAAACUCGAAA